AAAAUUUUGUUCGUGGAAAUUGAUUCAAAUCAUUUUCGCGUCUCUCUUUCUUUCUCUCUCCCCAAAUAUAAAUAAACUCUGAAAAUUAAUCACCUAAAAAAAAGAAAAAGAGAGAGAUAGAGGGGUGGGCUAGGGAUCUCGAUCUCAAUUUCGAUCUCUCCGGCGACGCCGUCGACUUGUUUCCGGUGAGAUCUCGAUAUCGGAUCCGAUCUCGACCCGAUCCGUAGUAAUCUCCUUACUUAGAUCCGAAUAACCAUGGCUCCAGUUUCGGCUCUGGCCAAGUACAAGCUGGUUUUCUUGGGGGAUCAGUCUGUCGGGAAGACCAGCAUCAUCACUCGCUUCAUGUACGAUAAAUUCGAUAACACCUAUCAGGCGACCAUUGGUAUUGACUUUCUAUCAAAAACAAUGUACCUCGAAGAUCGAACAGUUCGAUUGCAGCUCUGGGAUACUGCAGGGCAGGAAAGAUUCAGGAGUCUUAUUCCAAGUUACAUUAGGGAUUCCUCUGUGGCAGUCAUUGUGUAUGAUGUUGCAAGUAGGCAGUCCUUCCUAAAUACUUCGAAGUGGAUUGAAGAGGUGCGUACUGAACGGGGUAGUGAUGUUAUCAUUGUGCUUGUUGGGAACAAAACAGAUCUUGUGGACAAAAGGCAAGUCUCAAUAGAGGAAGGGGAAGCCAAGGCUCGUGACCUUAAUGUUAUGUUUAUUGAAACUAGUGCCAAGGCUGGCUUCAAUAUCAAGGCUCUAUUUCGGAAGAUUGCAGCUGCCUUACCUGGAAUGGAAACACUUUCUUCAACGAAGCAAGAAGACAUGGUUGAUGUCAAUCUGAAGUCUACCAACGCAAAUGCAUCUCAGUCGCAGCAACAGUCUGGAGGAUGUGCCUGCUGAUAACGCGCAUCAAUGAUCAGAGCUCCGGCUUUUCGACCUUUCUUUUGUGCUUCUGUGAUCCUACAAAGUGUUUGUAAAAAAAAUCUGUCCUCCCCCUUUUUUUUGUAGCAUUGGGCUUUUGGGUUGGGUCAUCAAAUGUUGGAAGGAUAUAACUGUUGAGAGAGGAGACUUGUUUAUGGUAGUUAGGCUAGUCCUAACCUGUCCUAUAUAUUUGUAAGGUUCUUGUGAACUCAGACAAUUGUGCCAAUUUUACUGUUUAGUCAUAUAUUCAGUUUGGGUUUUUUGUUAAAUAAAUAGUGGAUUGAAAUGCUCUUUGACUUUGUAA